CGAGCGUUCCAUCUUUCGAGCUCGCGUAGCGCCUUCCCUGCAUGUCUUCUGCGUAACGGCGAGUCUCUGCUGCCAACCACCUCCUACGCCGUGGGCCGCACGACACGCGGGCCGAUGUGGUGCCACGUCGAGGCCUUGCCAACCGACGCGGCUGCGCCAGAGCCAGCGGCGGUGGACGAGCUGACGAACAUCAACUUCACCGACGUCAUUCAUGACAAGGGCCACAUCAAGCUGCCCGUCUUCAUCUACUGCGUGCCCGGAGACGAGCGGGCCAAGUACGCUGACACGGAGGAGAAGCUGAAGCAUCAAGUGCUGAGGACGGCCGGGAGGUGCGUCAUGCGGGUGCUCGACGUGAAGGCACAUCCCGACCUGGCCCAACGGCUUCAUGUAGCGCCGUCGGCUGCCGCGGCCGCGGCCCGCACGGAACACCACCCGCGGUGGCCGGUCAUCCUGGCCUACUCGCGUGGGCAGGAGGCUCGCCGCGUCUCUGGUCAUGUCAGUGAUCGCGAGCUGACGGACUGGGUUCAUGAAGAGUCCUGGCUCCUCAACGAGUAG